AUGACUUUCGAUGCGCUCUCUCCAUUAGGGGUGGUUGAGGCCGUCUCAAAACUAGGCGCACAUAAGGGGCACAUGCGACUGGACAAGGUGUUUUUUAGUGCAGUAUCAGCUGGCUGUUUACUUGCAUUCGCCUGCGGGACUACUCUUAGUACCAAUGCCAGCCCUUGGUUUCAAGAGAACGCCCCAGGUUUAAUGCGGACUAUUAGCGCCUUGGUGUUUCCUUACGGUCUGUGUAUGAUCCUCCUAACAGGUGCAGAUCUUUGCACUGGAUCCUUUAUGUUUACUUCAGUUGCUGCCCUCCAUCGCCGCUUGUCUUGGUCAAGAAUGUUGCUUCACUGGGCUGUGACAUUCCUCGGCAACCUCGCCGGAUCUUUAUUUGUCGUAGCUAUCAUCUUCGGCUAUGGAAAUACCUUUUCCGCAGAGCCCUUUAGGUCCGCCGUCAUUUCUUUCGCCACAAAAAAGCAGGUUACCCCUGACUUCCACAUGAUACUUCUGCGUGGCAUUGGAUGCAACUGGCUUGUAUGCUUAGCUUGCUUCCUUGGUAUUCAAGGACGUGAUCUGGCAUCCAAGGUUAUUGGAAUCUGGUUGCCAACAUUUGCAUUUGUCUCCCUGGGCUUCGACCACGUCGUUGCAAACAUGACAUUUAUUCCAUUGGGUAUCUGGCUGGGAGCGCCACAGAUUACGACUGGCCUCUACAUCUGGAAAGGUAUCAUCCCGACCUUGCUGGGAAAUAUCAUCGGUGGAGGUGUAUUUUGUGGAACUUACUAUUGGUACAUGUACCUUCUCGAUCUGAACACUCUGCCUUUGUAUGGCGAAAAGAGAGUUGGGAGUAGCUCAUUGAACUCAGUAUCGAGCUCAGAUCGAGCAAGCACUAAGCGACCGGACGUUGAAGCAUCUGCUAGAGGCUUUGGGAACCAGAACCCACCUAUGAAUGAAUAG